AUGGUUCAAGGCUCAAAUAGGAUACCCUGAAGUAAAAGAAAGAUAAACACAAUGGACUCAUUGUGGACUGCGAGCACCAGUAUGUAGUGUAAAACAGUUCAACAUUUGGAAUGUUAAACUGAUUUAUGUUCUGUCCAAGAUGUACAGUACAUGCGGACUUGCAACAUUACAUGUAACACUACAUGUAAAGAGUACAUAAGAAGCAAUGACAGAUCUCUGGAGUCUGAAAUGUAUGGUCACUUUAAAGUUCCACCCACUGGACCAUCUUAGCGCAAUUAGUAAUCUUUACUGCUACUUCCGCAAGUGCAUUUUUGUCUAAAAUCACUGUUUUUAAUGAUGCAAGUCAGCUCUCUGAUUCGUAUGUAUUGACAUCAACUUAUCUUGCGUAAUCUGACUUUUUUUUGCAUAGUUGAAUCUUCUUGUCUCCAAAACACUCUGAUAUCUUACAAUAACACAUCUUGUGAAAAGGGAAAGGACUAAGGCACCAUGUUGCUGAGUGGAGACAGGACGGUCAUCUGGGUACUGAUCGGUGUGGUUGCCGUGUUCACAAUAUUCUUCAAUGUCUACAUAGUGCUGGUAAGCCUGCGGCAUUACAGGGAGAACGGGCACUGGCUCCCCUGUGAGACCAUCAUCACAGCAUUCGCUCUGGGCAGCACCACUCACCAGGUUGUCUCCUACUUUUUUAUAUCCCUGGACAAGAUGGACACCUACUGCAUCCUGGAAGAUCAUGUGCUGUCCACUCUGCUGGUGAUAAUCUACAGCCUGAAGUUCUGUAUCGUGUGGCUCACAGCAUUCCUGGCAUUUUACUACAGCACAAAGCUGGUGGUUGAGCCCAUCCACUGCUACACCAAGAUACAGGAAGCUAUCCUGAAGCAUGUCACAACUGUGGUCGUGGUCAUCUAUCUGUGCGGGUUCGGCAGCUGCAUGCCAAUGAUGGCUGCCUUCGACCACCUCCACAGCAACGUGGAUACCUACGACUGUGGCAUCCUGAGGCCAAAGGGCAGCCAAGGUGUAGCGUACAUGGCAUACUACCUGCUCAUGUCUGACAUCAUCCCUGGUCUGAUCAUGGUGAAGAGCAGCAUCUCCAUCAGUGUCCACUUAGCCAUUCACCUACGCCACAUGAAAGCUAGCACCAACGGGUUCCACACGCCCAAGCUGGGCGCUGAGAUGCGUGUGAUCCGCAUGAGCCUGGGACUGAUUGCGAUCUUCAUCUGCUUCCUGGUCGUGGACCUCUAUGUGCACUACGUGAACACAGUCCAGAACCAGAACGUCUUACCGCUUACCGUCCUCUUCUCCUCAAUCUACACAGCCAUGAGUUCCCUGGUGCUGAUCUAUGGAAAAAAGACCUUAUGGAAGGAACUCCUCCAUAUGUUCAACCUCUUCCUGGAUGAGUACCCCUGUCUCUCCUGCCUCAAAGUUCCAGAGAAGAAGCCAGACACAAAUGCCACCCCAGGACACUGAGGUUAGGCCCGGUAAGGCCUUCACUGUUUGGGACCCCAGGUUUGGUUAUUUACCCUCUCCACUGUUGGGAUAGCAUGAUUAAAAACUUAGCAGUUAGUUGGUUUUGACAAUCAUGAAUUUAAAAAAAAGCUUCACUGAAGGAAAUAUACUUGAAACACAAAUAUGUCUCAGCUCGAGGUGCAACUGAAUUACAUCCAGCCAGAAAUUAAAAUCUACUUUAUAUUCUUACUUGCACUUGUUAUGAAAUAUGGCGAAAUAAAUGUAACCUGAACAAAUUAAUCCAAGUAUGACAGAACGUGUUUCAUGUGCAACACCCACGUAAAGCCAUUUGUCGAGAUUCUCUUAAAACUGUACAUAUGUCAUUUUUAUUAAGCAAUUUAAUUUGUGGAUUUAUGCAAUAUGGCAUUAUCAUUAACUAUGAUGAAAUUGCCCUUUAUGUGAACUAAAUACUCUUACUAAAUUUCAUGUUUACACACAUUAAAAUGGCACAGUACUUUUGGAAAAUGAAGGCAGUGAAGCUGAUUUGUGAUUAAUUUAAUAAACAUGGAUAAAUGACUGCUGUUCCCCAUUUAACAUACACUAGUAUAUGAACUGCUAGACCCUGCCAUUGGCAUCAAGUCUUAUUUACAAGAUUAAUGAUAUAUAUUAUGUUAUA